AAAUACCUGGGCGUGACGAGCACGGUGAAAACGGGGUAAGAGCGUGGUGGGAACGGGGCCCGUCACCUUUCCGAGCAGAGCCGUGAGGGGGCGUCACUGAGGCCGGGGCGGCGACCUCCGUGAUGACGGCGAUGACGAUGAGCAGUUUUUUGUGAAUGGAUGGAGGAGGCGGAGCUUCGUCUUUCACACGGACGCGCAGGGCUCGCGCAGGAGUCGCGCGCUUGGUAGCGCUUACUAACCUCCCGCAAGGCCCAACAGCAUGUUUUAUUUCCAUUAAUUUUGGCAGAGAGUACAGUCCGACGUGGUGUGGAUGUGAUGCCGGUCGAUCUCCACCGACGACGGAGUGUGUGAAGAAAACCGAACGGACGCGGAGCGGAGCGGCCGGAAGACCGAGUUCGAAUCCCGACCGGGGGUUGGAGGUUGGAGUUCGGAUAACGGGUCUGCGGUCCCGGAGCCCCGGCGGGGAAUGGCUGCCUGUCUGACGGCCGAGGAGGAGCAGGCCACGAAGCAGUUUCUGGAGGAGAUCAACAAGUGGACCACGCAGCAUGGAGUGUCGCCCCUGUCCUGGAACGUGGCCGUCAAGUUCCUCAUGGCUCGCAAGUUUGACGUUCUCCGGGCGAUUGAGCUCUUCCACAGCUACAGGGAGACACGUCUCAAAGAGGGCAUCGUCAAGCUGCAGCCACAGGAAGAGCCACUGCGGUCGGAGCUGCUCAGUGGGAAGUUCACCGUGCUGAAUGCCCGUGACCCAGCCGGCGCCUCCAUCGCUCUUUACACAGCCAAGCUGCACCACCCGAACAAGACGGGUAACCAUGUGGUGCUGCAGGCACUCUUCUACUUGCUGGACCAGGCUGUGGAGAGCUACGAGACACAAAGGAAUGGCCUGGUCUUCAUCUACGACAUGGCUGGCUCCAGUUACACCAACUUUGAGCUGGACCUCAGUAAGAAGAUCCUCAAUCUGCUCAAGGGGGCCUUCCCAGCCAGGCUGAAGAAGGUGUUCAUCGUGGGGGCUCCCGUGUGGUUCCGUGUUCCCUACAACCUUCUGAGCCUGCUGCUGAAGGAGAAGUUGCGGGAGAGGGUUCAAAUGGUGAAGAUGGCAGAGCUGAAGCAGCACCUUCCUCGAGACUGUCUUCCUGAGCAUCUGGGCGGUUUGCUGCCCUUGGAUGCCCGUGGGUUGAACCGGCAGCUGCUGGCAGGGCAGAAUGGCUGCGUGGACCCAGUGGAUGAGCUGGUGGGGUUGCCACUUGGGGACGGAUCUAUCCACACCCCUGGGCCCGAGGCCAUAACCCUGACCGAGCUGGUAGCCCACAUGGCCAGGCUCCAGCGAGUUGGCAUCCACCAAGAGUAUGACGAAAUCCGCAGGGAGACGCCUCCUGGAACCUUUCAUUGCGCUCUGACUACAGUCAACCAGGAGAGGAAUCGCUACGGCGACGUACUGUGUCUGGACCAGACCCGUGUUCACCUUCGACUGAGGAGAAAUGAGAUAUCUGACUACAUAAACGCUAGUUUCAUGGAUGGCUACAAGCAAAAGAAGGCCUACAUUGGGACUCAAGGACCCUUGGAGAAAACAUACGACCAUUUCUGGAGGAUGGUUUGGGAGCAGAACGUGCUGGUCAUCGUCAUGACGACCAGGACGGAUGAGGGCGGCCGGCACAAGUGCGGUCAGUAUUGGCCGCUGGAACAAGGGGGUCAGGAGGUGUACGGUCACAUUGCCGUGGUGAACCAGCGGGUGGAGCGCUACCCCCACUACAACCAAACCACACUAGAGCUGCACAACACGGAGAACUGUGAGCAGAGACAGGUGACGCACUUCCAGUACCUGAGCUGGCCGGACUACGGUGUGCCCACCUCCGCCGUCACCCUUAUUGACUUCCUGGGUGCCGUGAAGAGGCAGCAAAAGGCAGCCGUGAAGGCGAUGAAGCCCCAGUGGAUGUCCCAGCAAGGAGGACCCCCCAUGGUCGUGCACUGCAGUGCUGGAAUCGGAAGGACAGGAACGCUGUGUGCCCUGGACAUCUGCCUGUCCCAGCUGCAGGACAUGGGCACGCUGAACGUAUGUCAGACGGUUCGCCGCAUGCGCACUCAGAGGGCCUUCAGCAUCCAGACCCCUGAGCAGUAUUACUUCUGCUACAUGGCCAUCCUGGAGCAGGCGCAGAGGCUGGGUCUCCUCUCGGCCAGUCAGUGAUGGUUCUGCUCCCAGUCCUCGUCCUACCACCCCACCCCCCCAGAGGAACCUCUUCCCAAUCGUAACUUGGGAUCAUCUUGAAUGAAAAGAGGUGCUCAGACCUUCACUUUCAUUCACAUCUGGGAAGAGGACUAGGAAGUUGUUUGCAAUUGUGUGUGUUUUUUUUUUUUUUUU